UCUGCAGGGUGAACUGUUCCAGUAGGUCCUACUGCUGAUAGUUGCACCAUCUAAAGCAGACUUUGAAUCAUAGCAUUGAAUAAUAACAAGGAAAAAAAAAGUAAGAUUGGCAAUCCUUAAUAAAGUAAUAGUUAUUUAAGAAUGAUCAUGAAAGCAGGAACAAUUUACUAGCACAAUCAACGACUCAGCCUUCAUUUCGCCUUCCAUUCUUUAGAGUGCUGCUGCUUUCGUGUGCCCACAUGGUGGCGCGCUGUACAUUGACCUUCCAAAGAUGGCCGUCAUACAGCUUCAUUACCUCUAAAAGAUGGCGGAUGAAGGCACGCGGUCUCCCCCCUUCCACCUCGACCCCCCUUGAGUCACGUGACGCAGCUCUCCCCGGGGAGCACUUCCGGUGGCGUUUCCUGUGUUUGUAAACUGCUCGUAACACUGGAGCUGACCGAGAGAGAUUGAAAAAAAAAAACGGCUCCGCACGAGGAAAUAAACGAGUAGGGCCCGGCGUGGGUGUGUCCGAGAGACCUGAUCCCAGACAGGUCUGCCCAGGAGUGAGGGCGCGCUGGGACACAGACUGCAGCUCUGCAGGUUUCUUGCCAGAUGACCGGGGUGGGCGAGGUGUCCUGACACACAGACCAGCCUGACUGACGGCUCCUUCGGUUUCCCCAGCGACUGUAACCGCGGCGAUGACGCACCUGCCGAGCAGCGCUGUCCGCGACCACAUGAAAUGGGCGGGGUUGCUGGGCUGCGAGGCGGUCCUGUCCAGUAUGGCGCUGAUGCAGGCCAGCUCCAUGGCGGGGCAGAAGAAGAUGAUGUCGCCGCUGGGCCAGGGGGCAGCAGGCGCAGGGCAGAGAGACGGCGGUGACCGCGGUGCCCAGAGUCACAUGGUCCUGCCCACGGGGCUCAGCUGCCCUCCACUGCUCAUUCGGAAGGAAGGGGAGUUCCACUCGUCCCGUCUUCUGGACGACAAAGAGCUGAGGGAGAGCGAGGAGCUGCAGCUGAAGAAGAAGAACAGGAAGUCGGGAACGCCCUGCAAAGUAGUGGUGGUGGAUGAGAACGGGGACUGCUCCCUCAAGCUGCAGAAGAGCUUCAUCUGCGAGCACUGCUACAGGGGCUUCCGCAGCAGCUACCACCUGAAGAGACACGUCCUCACGCACACAGGGGAGAAGCCGUUUGCCUGUGAUGUGUGCGACAUGAGGUUUAUUCAGCGCUACCACCUGGAGCGACACAAGCGGACACACAGCGGAGAGAAGCCCUACCAGUGCGAGCGCUGCCAGCAGAGUUUCUCGCGGUCGGACCGGCUUCUGCGGCACCGGCGCAUGUGUCAGGGCGGAGGAGGGGCCAAGGUGGAGGCCCCGUCCUGCCUGGAGCCGCGGUCCUACGCCCAGGACCCCAACCCCCCUCCCACGGCCUCCUGGAGCCCCCUGACGCAGACGCCCCCAGGCCGGCUGGCGGUCUGACGGCCCCCCUCCCCCCACCCGUCGUUGAAGCUCGCAGCGUCAUGCACUCUCACGCCGAACAGGGCUCAGUGGCGCCCCCUCAGGUGACCAGCAGUACUGCAGCUCCAGCAGCGGGACUCUGGGACUGAGACGAGACGGAGACGAUGCCGCUUCACCAGCUCAUUUCUCUGUUGAUAGAUGUCUGGGAUGUUUUAUUUUUUUGUACUUUUUUUAAUGUUGUUUUCCUCGGGUAAACGUUCUGUUUUUAAAA